AUGAACGCGGCACGCCCUACACCGGGUCUCCUCUCGCGGUGCCUACGACAGUCCGCCCAGACAGGCUCCUCUGCCCCUUGCCGCUCCUUUCAGACCUCCGCCGCGAAGCUCAAGAAGAGGUCACGAUUCAAGAACAUCAAGGCAUCCGAGCUAGGCCUGACAAAGCCCUCCGCCACGAAGGCCUUCGCCGCCCAGCAUUUCCCGGACUACACCGAGCAGGAGAAGGAGUUUCUUCGCGAGAAGUACACCCCGGAGCAGUUCGAGGCUCUCGAGGCUGGCGAGGCCGCCAUCGACCCAAAGGACUUGACCCUGCAGGGCCGGAUACGAAACGAUCCCUACCGCUUCGAGUACCUCGAGGACUUCGCGACCGUGCAGCCCGUCAUCGAUGCCAAGCCAAAACAGCCCAUCGUCCCGCGGGAGGCCGAGUUCCUCGCCAAGAAGGAGUGGGUGGACAAGUACAUCAACACACUCGCCGACCAUGCCGAGACCAAGAUGCAGGAUACCAUCGGCAAGGCCGUCGCGCGGGCGCUGCGCAAGGUCAAGCAGACCAACCCUGACAAGAUCGACUUUACGGAGGAGGAGCUCGUCGAGCUCGAGAACAACCCCGAGCUCAGGCGAAAGUACAUCAUCGAGGAGUCGGACGAUGGGCUCUGGGCGAGCGCCCAAGCCGAGCGUAAGGCGAAUCCCAACGCCGUGAUCCCGGGCGAGGAGUGGUGGGACAAGAUUGAUGAGACGUUCUACGAGGAACUCGAGGCCGAGUUUGCAAAAGACGCCAGCCCACUUGUGGAGACGGACAGGCUCAAGGUGUGGAAGGCGAUCGACAACGAGGUCGGCAGCUCAGCGUUGGCACCCGAGCUGGGCAAAGUUGAGGGCGUGAAGGGUCAGUACAAAGACGUCGAGGAUCCCGAGGAUCAGGGUCUCGACUCGUCCGGCCAGUACGGAGACGUCAAGAAGGCGUUGAACUUUCAGAUGAAGGAGGUUCUCAGCAUCCUGACCAAGAAGCUGGUUUCUCGCAGUGUCUCCAACCAGACGCGUCUCGGCAAGAUCCGGAGCUAUAGCGUCAUGGUCGUGGCUGGCAAUUCGAACGGCCGACUAGGAUUGGGCAUGGCCAGGUCCACGGAUGCUCUGAUCGCUACUGUCACUGCCAAGCUGUUGGCGCUGCGCAACAUGAGGCCUAUCCGGCGAUACGAGAACCGCACCAUCUUCGGCACAGUGGAGAAGAAGAUUUCCGGCACAGUCGUGAAGCUCGAGGCCCGUCCUCCUGGGUUCGGCCUCCGCGUGUCGCAUCGUCUCUUCGAGAUGGCUCGCCUUGCUGGCAUUCACGACCUGGCGGGCAACAUUCCGCGAUCCAAAAACCCCAUGAACACCGUCAAGGCGGCGUUCGAGGCGCUGACGAACCAGCCCGACCCGGAGCAGAUCGCCAUCGGGCGGGGGAAGAAGCUGGUGGAUGUGAGAAAGGUCUACUACGGUGGAUCUGUGUAUUAA